AUGGCUACUGUGAUUGAUUUUCAAACAGUUUCCUUCAGUCAGCAGCAAAGAGGCAUGCAACGUCUUGAAGCAAACUUAGAGACUUUGGUGAAUGUAGAAAAGCAAUGUACCAUUGACUUGGUGAUAAAGAAGGUAUACUGUCCACACAGAAACUUGACAGAAGUUCCAGAUGAUCUUCUAAUGGACGUUGAGAUUCUUGACUUACAGUCCAAUCGUAUCCAUACUCUGGUAAAUACUUCUUUUACAAGAUAUACCAACCUUAUCAUCCUGAACCUAUCCGGGAACAAUAUCUGCUACAUUGAACCUGCCACUUUUGCCACACUGACACAUUUGCAGGAUCUUGAUCUGAGUUAUAAUCAGGGUAUUCAGUUGAGAAACCCAGGUGGAAUCCCAUGGUCUUGGAACCUAACCAGGAUAACACUAGCAAACUGCAACAUUAAACGUCUUCCGACAGACUUUAUGGAGUGGUUCCCAAAGCUUAGAGAUGUGAGCUUCCUUAAUAAUGAUAUUUCAAAUGUCAAUGUAACAUGUUCUCCAUUCAGAGCAGAGCGAAUCACCAAGAUGUCUUUCUGUGGUAACCAGAUCCAUGAACUGAUUCCUGAGACAUUUAGAUUGGACUGUGAUGUUGAUUAUCUGGAUUUGCUGAGAAACGGAAUCAUUCGCAUCUCUCCACAUGUUAUCAGUUUGCUUCGUGUGAAGAGUUUAUCGUUUGGUUGGUUCAGGCUCACCAGUCGUUCAUGGAUCAAUCUCUUCACAGGAAUCGCUCAAUCUGGGAUUAGACAACUAUCGAUGCUCAACACACCCUUAGACAUUACUCUAGAUUUGUUUAAUCCCUUGCAUAACUAUCCUCUUUUCAAGUUGCACCUAUCUCACAUCUACCUACAACGUAUCAAUCACUCUGCUUUUUCGAAUCUAACUCAAAAUCAGCUGGAUUGCAAUUGCAAGAUAGCAUGGCUUCUCGACUGGUUACAGAGUUCCUCAAAUCUAAAACUUGUUGCUGAAAGCAAAACAAUUUGUUCAAUGGCAUCACUUGAAAACUUAGGAGGUAAACCACUGUUGACAUUUGAUCCAAAACACUACUGUGGUCCAGAUAUAGGCCUCCUUUGUUCUCUUCCACUUGCACUUGUUGGACUAUUUGCCAUGAUGUUUGCCAUCCACCGCUAUCGCUGGCUUUUUAGUUACAAACUCUUCUUGCUGAAGCUGGCUGUAGUUGGUUACCAGGAAGUUGUAGAUGCACGUCAUCAUGGUGAUUUUGAGUACGACCUCAACAUCAUGUUCCUGGAGGAUGAUGAACAGUGGGUCCAAGAGCACCUAAGACCAGUUCUUGAAGAAAGGCUUCCAAACUUCAAUAGAAUCGUCUUUGGUGAUGAGGAUCUUGUGAUUGGUAUGCACUACUUCGAUGCUGUCUUCCAUGCUGUUGAGAAAAGCUUCAAGACUGUCUUGCUUUUCAGCCGUGCUGCUUUCCAGGACAACUGGUUCAUGAUCAAGUUUCGAGUGGCCUUCGAGCAGGUGAAUGAUGCUCGGAUGGAGAAUAUUGUGGUGAUCUUCAUUGAGGACAUCCCUGAUGCAGAGCUACCAUACCUGGUCAGGUUGUACUUGAGUGAGAGAAGAACCUAUCUCUGGUGGGUGGAAGAUGAGAGACAUCAGGAAUACUUCUGGAAUGAACUAAUUCUAACUCUCCAAAGCGAUAAUAUGAGAUGGAAUAACAUGAUCCCACUUGAAUGA